CCAUCUGUCGACGACGGAUCAGCGACAAAAUCCGUCAUUAAACUCACGCCAAACGAUCAUUGAUCCAUCUGGUGUUAUGGAGUAUGAACGAUGGACUAACAGGUGGCUUGCCUCAGUAUAUAUGCAGAUGCAGAUGCCAGUCCUCCAGCUCUCUCCCGUCUGCCUCCGGCAUAUAUAAUAUCCGGCCUCCCAUCCUGUGUCCCGGCCGGCUGUUUCUUUCAUUGAUCCUUCAUCAUCAGAUCAGAUCAGUGUGUGCGUAGGCUUGAGUAGAAGAACUGACAAGCAGCAACCUCCUCCAUCCAUCGAUCUCUCCACUCUACUGGUACGCGUCAUCGUUCCUAGCCAUCGUGUGUAUAUGGUGAUGACGGGGGCUCUUGUUCCUGUGGCGGCGAUGGCGGCAGUGCUUGUGGUGGUGGCUGCCGUGAUGGAGGCGGCCGCGGCGGCGACGUACGCGGUGGGCGCGCCGGACGGGCUGUGGGACAUGCAGACCGACUACGCCCAGUGGGUCAAGACCAAGACCUUCCACCCCGGCGACAAGAUCACGUUCACGUACUCGCCGGAGCUGCACGACGUGGUGGAGGUGACCGAGGCGGGGUACUGCGGAUUACAGGUAUGGCACCUGCAGACCUGCUCCAGCGCCAACAACUUCUCCGCCUUCCGCAUCGGCAACGACGUCGUGGCGCUCGCCGCCGUCGGCACGCGCUACUUCCUCUGCGGCCUCACGGGCCACUGCGACAACGGCAUGAAGAUCCGCGUCGACGUGGUCGCCUCCGCGCCUGGCCCCGCCGCCGCGGGGCCGGCGUCCUCUGCUGCCGCGCCGCCCUCGGCCAACCGGUGGGCGGCGGCUUCCGCCGGGAUCGCCGCCGCCGCCGCGUUGCUGCUGCCACCCGCAGCUGUCGUCGCGCGGCCGCUUUGGUAGCUACGAGUGGUUUGAUUGUUGGACGCGUCGUCUUAAUUAAUCUCGUACGACUACUUUGUUGUUGUGUAAUGUAGUUUUGUUUCAGCUGCUACGUGUCUGUACAUCUUUGUUAUUACGAUUUCAGUUUAGAUAUUUUAUGGAUUAUAUUACAUUUAUUUACCUGUAUUUUGCGUGUGAGUCUUUAAAAAAGGUGUUUUGUGUGAGAGUUUUAAGUUCUUA